AUGAGCUCCCCCGGCGCGGAAAGCGCGGGCAAGCCCCCCCAGUACCGGGUGGAUCACCUGCUGAGCGCCGUGGAGAGCGAGCUGCAGGCGGGCAGCGAGAAGGGGGAUCCCACGGAGCGGGAGCUGCGGGUCGCGCUGGAAGACAACGACCUGUGGCUGCGCUUCAAGGAGCUCACCAAUGAGAUGAUCGUCACCAAGAACGGCAGGAGGAUGUUCCCAGUGCUGAAGGUGAGCGUGUCGGGGCUGGACCCCAACGCCAUGUACUCCUUCCUGCUGGACUUCGUGGCGGCCGACGGUCACCGCUGGAAGUACGUGAACGGGGAGUGGGUGCCGGGCGGGAAGCCCGAGCCGCAGGCUCCCAGCUGUGUGUACAUCCACCCCGACUCGCCCAACUUCGGCGCGCACUGGAUGAAGGCGCCUGUCUCCUUCAGCAAAGUCAAACUCACCAACAAGCUCAACGGCGGCGGGCAGAUCAUGUUGAACUCUCUGCACAAGUAUGAGCCGAGGAUUCACAUAGUGCGAGUGGGUGGCCCACAGCGGAUGAUCACCAGCCAUUCCUUCCCAGAGACCCAGUUUAUAGCCGUGACGGCCUACCAGAACGAGGAGAUCACAGCUUUAAAAAUUAAAUACAAUCCAUUUGCAAAGGCAUUUCUUGAUGCAAAAGAAAGAAGUGAUCACAAAGACAUGAUGGAGGAAGUGGGAGACAACCAGCAGUCUGGGUAUUCACAGUUAGGCAGCUGGCUUAUUCCCGGGACUGGGACUCUGUGCCCACCUGCCAAUCCUCACCCUCAGUUUGGAGCCCCUCUGUCGCUCUCCCCUGCUCACAGCUGUGAAAGGUACUCAUCGCUGAGGAACCACCGUCCUGCCCCCUACCCCAACCCCUACACCCAUAGAAACAACUCGCCAACAGCCUAUGCCGAUAACUCCUCUGCCUGCCUUUCCAUGCUACAGUCCCAUGACAACUGGCCUUCUCUAGGAGUUCCCCCACACACACCAAUGCUGCCUAUGAGUCACAGCACUGGCACAGCUACCAGCUCCAGUCAGUAUCCCAACUUAUGGUCCAUGAGUAAUAGCACCAUCACACCGGUUUCUCAGUCGAGUGGGAUGUCCAAUGGGCUGAGCCCCCAGUUCUUACGCAGCUCUCCAGCGCACUACACCACCCUUCCACACCCAGUCACCGCUGCCUCUGCCUCCGCCUCCCCGCUCUACGAUGCCGGGGCACCGACGGACCUGCCUGACGGCCAGUACGAUGCCGCUGGGCACGCCAGGCUGGCAUCCACGUGGACGCCUGUCACUCCCCCUUCCAUGUAA